ACAGCAACCCGACCCAGCACGCGAAACUGCUGCUUUUGUACCCAUCAACUGCAUACCUGACGCGUGGUCACUGAGUAGGCAGGGACGUCAUUCUCGCUUCCCAUAUCUCAGCGCCACUUCCCUAGGUCGGUCCAACGUCCGUCCACACAACGCCAGAACGUGCAAUCUUCAGUCGCAGUUUGUGGUCCAGCACAGUGCACCUCUGCCCUCCCCCUCCGCCAGCGCCGCCCGCCCAGCCGUCCCUCCGCGGUCCUGGCCUGCCACACCGUCGACGAUCCCGGCGCCCGCCCGGCAAUAUCUGCCAAACAGUCGGCCACGCACCCUCACCAGUGCCUUGCAGACGGCCUGACCAAUGUCGGCCCCAUGUCACCGCAUCCGCACGCCCCGAGAAACACCUCACCACCCUCCUCGGUGAGGUCAAAUGCGCCGCAGGACCCAGGCCAUGGCGCUCCCCAGCCCUCUUCGCUCCUCCAGCCAGGGGCGGUGACACCCAAAAGCCUGGCGCAGACAGGCCGCUCCAAGACUGCUCCGGUUCCGCAGGAGAGCAUCCUGUGGACGUCAUCUGUCGACCGUCCGCAGCUGUCUGAGCGCGACAGCAUCUUCGCGACCACCUACCUGGCCUCCGACAACACGCCCACGUCUUCUCCGCGCGCCGCUGCACGCACACCACACGCAAACGACGAUGCUCCCGAACACCGCUUGUCCGACAUGGCAGCCGUAGCGCCUCCCCAAAGGCGAUUGAUUGAUCCUCCCGUCUUCCGCAGGAAGCAAUCGACCCCUGCUCCCGCUGUCCUGCAAGACCACAAAACCCUCUUAGAAACCAGUUUCAACCCACACAUGUCCAUCAGCGCCGCCAUGGGACUGGGAGAGGGAAUGCAUAGCCCCCCACCGUACAUGAGUCCCGUCGACUCCCCCAUCCAACGGCCGACUACACCUCACAGUCCCGACCUCCAAUCCUCGCUAUACAACGCAUUGACGGACAGCGCAGAGAGACGGCGGAACAGAGAAUGGCGCGAAGGGAAACCCGUCCCUUUCAAGGGCCACAACGCUCAGGAUGACGCUGCAUUGGACUCUCAUCUGGGAAAGAAAAUCGAGGCGACAAUACCCAAGACCGAGCAGCCCACAGCGGCGCGUAGUCGGAAGGCUAGCCACUAUCUGCGUGUCUUCAAGGAUGCAGACGGCGUUGAAGAGCAGAAGAAGCGGGACACUCGAUCGAAGGAUCGCCGCUCUAAUGACCCGACACUCUCCGCUCUUCAAGAGGAGAAAUCGUCGCUUCCUGAGCAGCUGCAAUGGCCGUCGCGCACCCCGUCGGCAGUACAAUCGCCAUUGGGUGGCUCGCUCGAGUCGUACUUCGAGAGGGUGCCUACACCUCGGACGGAGACUGGUCCAGCGACUGCUUCCAAAGUUGAAGGAAGCCUCCGCUCGGAGAAGGCAAAUGGCCACGCUCAGCUUCCAUCCCAUCUUCUUGAAGAGAUCAGGAAUUUUGGAAGCCUCACCCCUGGCAUCCAACCCAGCUCAUCAAUCUCUAGGAGUAUUCCUACGUCAGUUGUUGAUAAGCUUAACGCAUAUGCCUCUUCCAACAGGACUGUGCAUGAGCAGGAUGAACCGUCUGACUACUUCCAAGCUAAGAGCAAGGAUAGCACAGAUCGCUCACCAACGUCCGAAGAAGAUGAUUCGGAGAGGGAGCAAAUUUCUUCAGCUCUCUACUUUCCUCAUCGUCAGGUAAAAUCAAACAAGCAGGUUCCGGCAGAAGAACAGGAUCGGAAGGCAGAACUUGAGGUCAUCCAGAAGGAAAGUCCGGUGAACACUAGCAAAGGACCUAGAGGCUGGGCUACGGAACAAACUGUUCAGACUCCGCAAGAAGUAGAAAUUUCUCUACAGUCCCAAGAUACCAAUCAAUGCCUACAUGGUGACAUUUCCGCAACACCUUCAGUGCAGAAAGACGACACCAAGGCGUCGUCACCUGCGUCUGUCGAUGGCGUCUCAGCUGAAUCUGAAUCUGAGUCCCUCGCCGAGUCUUUGUACUCACUUGACGGUUCUGAAUUGGGUGAGACUGAUGAUCUAGGCACUACGCCCACUGCAACACCACGCGCACACGAACCGAAAGCUCCUCUUGUUGCAGUUUCCCAACCGCCAGUCCCACUUGGCGCUGUAGAGCUAAAGCCAUACGAUCACCAAGUGGGUGGCCAUUCCACAGUAUACCGUUUUUCGAGAAGGGCGGUAUGCAAGCAGCUCAACAACCGAGAGAACGAAUUCUAUGAGACAGUAGAGAGGCACCAUCCGGAGCUCUUGGAGUUCUUACCAAGGUAUAUUGGUGUUCUCAAUGUCACAUAUCGCAAGGCACCCAAGAAGAAAAAGACAGACAAGGAUAAAGCUAAAACAGACACUGCUAAUGGGUCGACAUCCAAAUCCAAUGCGGCCUCGCAACAAGAGACGGAGUCCAAUAGCAAUGCCAAGCCUGAAAGUCAACCACGAAUGGUCAGUCAUUCGCAACAGAUCAUGCCUGUCCCUCAAGUCGUAUUUGAGAACAACCGACACAUAAUUCCCGAUAACCUGUUCCAAGUGCCACCGCGAUCGGCUACACCCGACCCAUGGACAAGCAGAUCCCUCUACUCAACUUCACCCCAUCGAAGUCACUCUGGUUCCUUCGAUUGUUCAUCAAGACCCUCACUGCAACACCAAGAUAGUUGGGGAGUUACGACCAUCAACACGAAGCUACAAGCUGAGGUGCUUCGCCAAGUGUUUGCGCCUCCCACCAUCUACCAUCGCCAGCGCCAUCAUCACCACACUAUGUCGUCGCGUAGAUUGGUAGGCGAUACAUCCCAAGCAGUCGCUGGAUCUGCGCCCACCAUCAGGAGAAACAGCACAGAUGUGUCUGUUCUGGUACCGGGAGCCACUGAGGAGUCUACGCGCAAACAGGUUCUGAAGGCUGCAGCGCGUCGACAAGCAUCUAGCGCAAGCGAUCACGCGAUCGAAUUUGGCUCGCUGCAAGAGUCGAGUGGAAGAAGUUCUGAAGUAAUACACCCAUCAGCAUCGAACAUUCCCCGACGGCGUCAUUCUGGUAGCGGGCUUCUGCGAAGGCCGUGUGGGAUUGAUUCCGAGCGUAGACAUAAUCUAGAGUUCUAUGAGGAGGAAGGCGGCUACGGGGGUGACGGAGAGGAAGAGGUUUUCGCUAUGGACGAGGAUCGAAAAGUCACAUCGCCUCCGAAUAAAUCUGGGAAGGCCAAGGAUUUGGAAAAGAACGGUUUUGCUGAACACAAAACAGACGACGCCUCGGACGGUUUGAUGCCUCCGGCUCCGGUGACUCCCCCUAAGAGAAAAGAUACACCGCCUCCGGUUGCUGAGCCCACGAAUCCUGAGCAAGCUCAACAGCACCCAGACGAGCGUGUCCAGCAUUUCAUUCUCAUGGAGGAUCUUACGGCAGGAAUGGUGAAACCGUGCGUGCUAGAUCUGAAGAUGGGUACUCGGCAGUACGGUGUGGAAGCCGAUGAGAAGAAGCAGCGGUCGCAGCGGCGCAAGUGCCAGAUGACGACGAGUCGCGAACUGGGCGUGCGCGUGUGCGGCAUGCAGAUCUGGAACGUGAAGACGCAAAGCUACGUCUUCGAAGACAAGUACUACGGCCGAGAUCUAAAAGCCGGCAAAGAAUUCCAAGACGCGCUCAAAAAGUUCUUCUGGGACGGCACGGGCUACAAAGCAGCGACACGGCACAUACCCGUCAUCCUAGAGAAAAUCAGCCAGCUCGAGCGCAAAAUCCGCAAACUACCCGGCUACCGAUUCUACGCCAGCAGUCUACUCAUGCUGUACGACCGCGGCGACGGCGAGCCCAAAGACAAGGACGCGCUGCUCACUCCCACCGCGCCCUCGACGCCCUGCACCGAAGACGCGCCACCCAAUCCUACCUCCCCCGGCGCACCCCCACCUUCAACCUCAACCUCCUCCCCAACAACAACCAAAGGCUACCCCGAAAUCAAGCUCCGCAUCGUCGACUUUGCAAACUGCAUCACGGCUGAGGACGCGCUGCCAGAUGAUUUGUCCUGCCCCCCGCAGGACGCAGAGGGCGUCGAUCGAGGCUAUCUCCGCGGAUUGCGCUCGCUGCGUCUGUACUUUCAGCGCAUCUGGCGCGAUAUUAAUGAUGAGUGGGUGGAGCGUGGGGAGGGCGAGGGCAUGGCGAGGGGCCAUCAUCAUCAUGGGACGGGGUUUGCUGAGGUGGGCGAGGGUUGGAUGGACGAUGCUGGGGGUGAGGAUACGGGGUAUGUUAGUUUUUAGGUGGGGAAUAUGUUGAGAGGGGGAGAAUGGGAGAGGGAUGAGUGGGGAAAGAAGGCAAGAAUGGAAGGAAGACGAUGAAUGGAUGGAUGGAUGGACAGGGUUUCACGUGUGUGUGCUGGUGGAAAUGGGUCGUUUGUCUUUUGGUCACUCUUCCUCUUCAGCGUGGCGCUUGUUUGCUUUGGGGGGGUGGAUGGUGUUUAUGUGUUUUUUAUUGCUUUGGGUCUUGGGUUCUUGCUCUUGGGUCGGUGUAGUUUGGUCGGGUUGGGGGAGGUUAGAUUCCUAGUUCAUGGUCGUACAUUACAGUAGCAGUAGUAUAGUAAAUAAGUAUUACCUCGCAG